AUGGAGUCCAACGAUGAGAUCGACCUUGAGUCCAUCUCAGGUCAGCUUCCUAUGCUAAAAUGCGAAACCUACGAAAACACUGUUCUCCCAUUUCAUCGUGAUGCUGCUGGACUUCUUGGUCAGGAAGUGAGAGGUGAGACCCCGCCCACCCCCGGGCCCCUGCCCCGGCCCCGGCCCUCGCCCCAACCUCGAGGUCGACCUCGACCCGGGUCCGAGGCCGACAACAGCGUCCAACCUGCUAUAUCUCUUAUCGGCAUUCCGGGCGUCAGCGCCAACAGAUUCGACACAACCACCCAAUUAUCGGGUCUGCCAAUCGGCGGGGGUGCUUGGCUGAGACCUCGGCCUCCCUAUCCCUCAACUACAACCGGAUCCGACUAUUAUCCCACGCCAGUAUUUAGCCCGGAUGCCGCAGACGCUCGCUCCGAAGCCGGUUAUUCAAGUUCUACUUUUCCGAGUUUCCAUGACCGAGGGAGACCCAACGUGGGGUCGUAUCCUAGCUCACCAAGUAGUUUCCUGAACGCUCCUGGACUUAGGGACCAUCACCAACAUGCAGACCGCCAAAUUUACCCGCACAACUACAUCCAUAAUACGGGCGAUCUUUCUUCUAGUCCAGUCAACUAUGUGAACCCCUUGGGUCGCGAGACGGCCCAGGCAUUUCCAGGAAUCGGCACCUCUCAAAAUCACACCCCAAACUACAACUCUACAGACGAACACUCUCCUGGUCUACAAGUAGUCAACCAUAGAAACUCACUAGGUCACACCCCGACCUUUCAACAGUCCAACUUCGGCGUAACCCAGCAGGGAUCGCCGGGGACCACAGAUCCCAAUCCCUUCUAUCCGGCGCAACAAUUUUUAAGCGUUCCGGACCACCAUAGAUCAGGACAGCAUCGGCCACAUGGACCUUCAAGGCCGACCAUCCAGACCUCAAGACCCAGGUCGCUCAGCCAGACGAGUACACGGCCUGGCUCAGUGCGGGAAAGUCGCGUGUCUAAAUCCAACAGGGGCCCGACUUCUCCGAUUCAUCCGGACUUUUUCAGAAACCUCCAAGUUCCGCCAAGCUUACCUCGAUCGCCGAGUGUCUCGUCGGCGACAAGCGUCAAGGGCAGGAGGAAUGGAGCAUUGUCAGCCGAGGCAGCAGAGAAUGCGAACUUGGUGGACAAGAGCAGGUCGGUUUGCGUUGGCUGUAAAUUAUCCAAAGUCACGUGCAAGCGCAAAAAUCCCCUCGACCAUAGCGACCCGUGCAUUAAUUGCGUGAAACAAAAGCGGCAAGACUUCUGCGCACUAGCUUGGUUUAUUGAUAAGUUUAAGGGAAACCCCUCGACCUGUCCCACGGAUAUCCUUCAAUCUGGGGGAGAUGGCGAAGCUAGGGCCAGCGUGGUUCUUGGGAAUCUAAUCAACUUCCCACUCCUGUGCGAAGGCAUCGGUCAACUCAUGCUCGACAUGGGGAAUUCUACAGUCAGCGUCCUCCUCUCCCAAGAAUCGUAUGAGAUAGACCUCGUUAAAUCCCACGAGUGCCUUCUCAAGCUUUGGGAUCAACUCCAUCAUGAUGGCGCUAUGAGCCAGGAUGGAGCCAUCAACCUUCAAGAGUUUCUGGAUAAUAAAUUUGAUCGGAGCGCCGGAUGGGAUGAUUGCGUCAAGGAUUGGCGAGGUCUGGACGAUUUUCCCAUAUGGAUGGAUGGCCUGGGCUCUGCAAGGUUCUCCGUGAACGACACGGAGCUUUGCGGUGAACAAGAGAUUCGUCAUCUCGCCAAUCUCUGUCGUAUCAUCAUGCGUCAGGUCGAGCUAACAGGGAUUGGUAGAUUCCAAGAGGCGUUCAAUAGCACGGCGGCAGGGGAUCUAGGGAGGUCUCCUUUUCCUCGUCAAGUUGGCCGCCUCGUCAAAGCCUAUCGAAACCGCCUCGUCAACCAACCCUCUGAGCCCGCCCGUGAGACGCUGAUACGGGCCGUGUAUGAGAAUCUUUACUUCCUCUACCUUUAUCUCCAGGACAAAACGAAACCGAGGUAUAGAGACGGGAGACCUCCUAUCACCAGAGGCUAUACUGAAGGAACCGCUAUCGAGAUCGAGGAUGAAGAGGGAUUCCCUCUUAAUGCAAGAGGGUUCUCGGAGUACUGA